AAACAUGCCAGCGCUUGCCUUGCGCUUGACUGGCUCUGUGUGUGUGAAUCUAUUUUUCUUUCACGCUUGUUUGGCUCUGGGGGAGUGGCCCAGUUUGACGUCAAGACUACGGAGUGUCACACCAUUCUCAGUUGCAUACUCAGUGGCUUCCUCUUAAACGAGCACAUUCAAAUGGCAGGGUUUUUUCUAGCAGGAUGUGGUGACGGCCCAAAAACUUAGCGUGGAUAUUUACAUUAUUGAGAGCAGUUGAAAAAAGAAACGUGGGAUUAUUUAUAUUUUUUUCCUACUUUCCAGUUUUGAAGGCUUGAGACCAGUGGCUGUAGUUAAGUGACUUGUGCUUUUGAUUUUUUUUUUCCUUCUAAAGACAGAGAAAUGCCUACUGUCAGUAGAUAUAUGAGCUUUCGCUCAUCAGCCCGGUUGAAAUUUACCCGCAGCUACCCUGUUGACAGUAAUGGCGUCGGGCUGCCAGCCAAGGUGAAGAAAAGCAGGAGCAGCUUAAGCAAUGGCAGCAUCAAAAAGUUAGAGGCCAGGAAAGCCUUGAGCCUGGAGGCAGCACAGCUUGAGCUCCAGCACCAGCACAAGACCCUCAGCAGACAAGUAGCCAUCAGAUCACAAACGUUUGAUGAUGACAACGGAGGCUUUGAAAAGACUGAACGAACAGGCACACAAAGUAGUUUUCUGAAGCACAACAAGACAUUCCACAGAUUGUUCCCAGACAUUCCUGAGAGUGAAGACUUGAUACACGCAUACCUCUGUGCCCUGCAGAAGGAAGUGCCCUACCAUGGUCGUCUGUAUAUCACAGACACCCACGCCUGCUUCUACUCCUCAGUUCUGCUCAAGGAUACCAAGGUAGUGAUUCCAGUGUCCUGCAUUCACAGAGUGAAGAAGCAGAACACUGCGCUGCUGGUCCCCAACGCCUUGUCAAUCCGCACAAGAGAGGGAGAAAAGUACUUGUUUGUUUCGCUGCGUAACAGAGAAUCGUGCUUUCAGCUCCUGCGUUCAGUGUCUCCUCAGCUGGAGGACGGCAGCACAAACAGUAGCCCUCUUUUCUCUUCAGCUGACCAUAGCUUUGAUAAGAGCAAACUGGUGAAUUCUAGCCAAUCCAGUCUCGACGACAGCUUGGACCAGUUUGAUGGUUCUGAGUCCCAGUCUUUACAGGACCAGCUGCUGCAUAGACCAGACAGAGAUGAAGUGCCUGAUAGAAACAGUUCUGCUUUUAGGAGCUUGCACCACAUGCCACAGAGUGACAGCUCCUCUUCAGACGACUUGUCUAUUUCAGGUGGGUCGUGGGUUUGGAAUGUGACAGAAAAAGCCAAGUCCCUGCUGGUUCAGAGAGAGGCCAGCACCCUUAACACCCUGCUCUUCAUUUACUUAAUUUUGGUUGUGCUGUUGCUGCUGUCAUCUGGCUACAUUGGUUUGCGUAUAGUGGCCCUUGAGGAACAGCUGACAUCUCUCGGGGCACUGCCUGAGUUUACGUUACAGAGCGGGUACCAAGACACAUAACACUCACUGACUGGAGGAGAGAUUGGUUGACUUAUGAUUGCAGGAUUAUUUUACCUCUAUCCAGCAAAUACCCAGCGGGACUACUCUACUCAGACUGGGCUCCCUACAUGGUUUGUCCUGUUGGCUCAAGGAAGAGUAGGCAAUUUGUGCAAUUUCAGACAUCGCAUCAACUUGAAGGGCUAAACUUCUUCCUAGUGCAGUAAACAAAAGAACUUGCCUCGAUUUUUCCAUUUUGACGUAUGCACAACUGCCCGGUUGCAGCAUCUGAUGUUCACACCAAAGCCAAACGGCUCUGACUUUGCAAGGUGCCAUGCUAGCCAGGUUUGCAGGCGCUGUCUUGAGAAUCUGUUCCACAUCUGAACUGAUGUUCUUCAUACAUUCUAUUCUCCUUGAGCAUGCAGUGCAAACAGGGCUACAACCAUCAGCAUUAGCCUCCUGUUGUGUCGAGAGGCAGUGCUAGCCAAAGAUGCUCACUGUGCACAUCUUUUGCAUGAGUGCCCAGCUUUGACUUUAUAAUCGAUUUGUCUCUUUCAUACCCAGGUUUCUCAAAUCACUUGUUCUUUGGAUUAAGUCCUUUUUUUGGUACGUCUUUGAAUGUUUUUCUUUUCUAUCAGCUGUGGGUUUGAAAUGUAGAUGGCUGAAUUGUCAAACUUAGUUCAGCCCAUCAAGGCUUGAUACACUCCAGAUGGUCUUAUACCUUCUCUUUCUCCAAUCAGCAUUGAUUGCAGUAUUACUUUCCUCGUCUUUGGUAUGAUUUAAACCUGUUUAAUGAUCAAUGCUCAGAGGUUAUUCUCUUCCAGUGUCAGCUGGAUGAAUGCAUUAUCAAUGCACAAGUGUUUAGUACAAUAGGACAUGGUGAGAUUAUUUAAAAUGUGUCUGUUUUUGUGUAUGGCUUUCCUGUCACUGGUCUUCUGAUUGAUCUGGUUCCUAUGUCUCAUGUCCCAGGAAAAACUGACCACAUUGUGUAAAAUGUAGAUCUCUUAUAACUGGACUGUUAAAGACCAAGUGGUGUUUAUAACAUUUUCAGGUUAUUUAAAGUAGCACUGCUAAUGUAGUUCUGCUGUUAAUGCAUGUGUCUGCAGUACUGACACUUGACUGAAACUGUAUAUGCAUUCUCACCUUUCUCACCCAAAGAGGAGAAAUUACAACCUUGCUUGCUUGAAGGUCCAAGAUUCCAACAGCAAAAAAGUGGUCCCAAAAAGAAAUUUCAAUAUGCAAAAAAUGAUUGUGCAUGUCAAAAUAUAGUUUAUCAUUGUGUGCUGUUUUUAAAUGAAAGGAGUAAGGGUAGAAGAAAGCCCAGGGUUGGAAGAGUAGCUCAUGCAAGUGAGCGCACUUUAAACAGAGAGUUGUGACUGACACCAUUUGUGUGGAUUGAAAAGAAAUGUUUUUGUGGUAUGUGAUGGUGCUAAGAUUUUUUUUCUUUUUUUUAAAUUAAUUUCACUCAGGGGUGGUGGUCAAAACCUUCCACGUGGUUUUAGGAUUUCACCUUUUUGUCAUUUCAAAGUAAAAUGCUCAUUGUGUCCACUGUACAUUUUUGCUUGGUGGCUUAUCAGAUGUUUACCUUUUUAGCAUCGUUCCAUCAACAUUAAUCUUGCUAAUGAACAUAACCGUAUGCAGCUUUUUUGUCCCUCCAAAUCUUAACUAAUCUAACAAUGCAUAUCCAUCCAACAUUUCAGCUAUGUGACAUUACGCUUGUUGUGGAAUGUGUUCUUAAACUGGUGUAGUGAUUGUCUUUGAUUUUUGCUACAUCCCUUUUUAUAAGUCACAUUCAAAUUUGUUUUUGUUUUUUUUUUGGUCAAUAUCCCAUGUACUCUCAGUACUCUCAAUCCCCACCAGGGGGCACCACACUGUCCACUGAAUGGACUCUGUUAAAGAAUUUCAAUGAAGAGGGCAGUAUAUGUGUUGCAUUGCACUAUUCGCUAAGUCUUGUAAAUAAUUUUGUAUGGGUUGUUAAUGUCUUUAAUUGUCAUAUCCUAUUUAUUUGCAUUCUGUGUAAUUCAGAGUAGUCUCUGUGAGAUGGCUUUGCUAAUGUUAAUAAAAUAAAUCAAAGUUUACGAAGUAAAA